GCCGGAUCUGAAUUUGUAACGGUGAGUGUAAAGCGAGAGGAGGCAGCCUUCUUGGACCGACGAGUUGACUGGUCGGAUAAAGUACAUCGGAAGAAGGCAUGGGUGUUCCGGCCUUCUACAGGUGGCUCUCCGAUCGAUACCCUAAGUGCAUCGUCGACGUUGUGGAGGAAGAGCCUAGGGACGACGGAAGAGGCGUCUUGUUCCCCGUUGAUGUCUCCAAUCCAAACCCUAAUGGAAUGGAAUUUGACAAUUUAUACCUUGAUAUGAAUGGCAUUAUUCAUCCGUGCUUCCAUCCCGAAGGCAGGCCUGCUCCCACCACAUAUGAUGAAGUGUUUAAAUCAAUUUUUGAUUACAUUGAUCAUUUAUUCACGUUGGUUCGUCCAAGAAAGCUCCUGUAUAUGGCAAUUGAUGGUGUGGCCCCAAGAGCUAAGAUGAAUCAACAGCGUUCCAGACGCUUUAGAGCAGCAAAAGAUGCUGCUGCAGCUGAAGCUGAAGAGGAGAUGUUUAGGGAGGAGUUUCAAGCUGAAGGAAGAAGCUUACCUCCUAAAGAAAAAACAGAAACUUCUGACUCAAACGUCAUAACACCAGGCACUCCAUUUAUGGCAGUUCUCUCUACUGCACUUCAGUAUUAUAUACAAUCUAGGUUGAACCACAAUAUUGGGUGGAAGAACACAAAGGUUAUUCUGUCCGAUUCCAAUGUUCCUGGUGAGGGUGAACAUAAAAUCAUGUCUUAUAUCCGCCUGCAACGUAACCUUCCUAAUUUCAAUCCAAAUACUCGACAUGUUCUGUAUGGGUUGGAUGCUGACCUAAUUAUGCUCUCUUUAGCAACCCAUGAAGUCCACUUUUGUGUUUUGAGAGAGGUUAUAACUCUACCUGGACAGCAGGAAAAGUGUUAUCAAUGUGGUGAAGUUGGUCAUCUGGCAGCUGACUGUCGUGGUAGAAAUCAUAUUCAAUCUAAUGGUUUGAAUGGGAAGACAGUGCUAAGUACACCUAUUCAUAAGAAGAAAUAUCAGUUUCUCCAAAUCUGGGUGUUGCGAGAAUAUUUGGAAUAUGACUUAAUGAUUCCCAACCCUCAAUUUGAGGUUAACAUUGAGAGAUUGGUGGAUGACUUCGUAUUUCUCUGUUUUUUUGUUGGAAAUGACUUCCUUCCACAUAUGCCUACACUAGAAAUCCGCGAGGGUGCUAUUACUCUACUUAUGCAUGCCUAUAGAAAGGAGUUUAACUCCAUGGGUGGUUACCUAACAGACGCCGGUGAGGUGUUGCUGGACAGGGUGGAACAUUUUAUCCAGUCAGUUGCAGUUUUUGAGGACCAAAUCUUCCAAAAACGUGGUCGUAUACAGCAGGCAAUGGAGAACAAUGGACUAAUGACACAUAAAGCGAGGAAGUUAGACCUUGAAGAAGAUGCUCCAUCUCCUAUGAUAGAUAAGAUUAAACUGGGAGAACCUGGAUAUAAAGAAAGAUACUAUUCUGAGAAGUUUAAUGUGUCAGAACCAGAUGAGAUAAACCUUAUCAAGAAAGAUAUGGUUCAAAAAUAUGUUGAGGGAUUGUGCUGGGUUUGCCGGUAUUACUAUCAAGGUGUUUCCUCAUGGCAAUGGUUUUAUCCAUAUCAUUAUGCUCCAUUUGCCUCUGAUCUUAAAGGUUUAGCUGAGUUGGAAAUAACAUUUUUCAUUGGGAAGCCUUUUAAACCUUUUGAUCAGCUCAUGGGAGUUCUUCCAGCAGCCAGCUCCAAGGCCCUGCCUGUUGAGUACAGGAAGCUGAUGACUGAUCCUGCAUCGCCGAUUCUUGACUUCUAUCCUUUUGAAUUUGACAUUGACAUGCAUGGCAAGCGUUUUGCAUGGCAGGGCAUUGCCAAAUUACCUUUCAUUGAUGAGAAGAGGUUACUUGCCGAGACUACGAAACUGGACGGAACUUUGACGGGGGAGGAGCAAAUGCGGAAUAAUACUAUGUUUGACUUGCUAUAUGUUCAUCCUUCUCAUCCCUUUACACAUCAGAUUGGGGCAUACUACCAUCAUUAUAGUCAAUUUCCCUUAGAACAAAGGCCUGCUUGGCCAAUUGACACUAAUGUUAGCGAGGAAAUGAACGGUUCUAUUUGGUUAAGUGCAAGAAAUGGGUUCUGGUAUAUUGUUUCUUCUCCUGUCAAUGGACUGCCUGACGUCGUGAACAACCGAACUUUAAACAUUACCUAUUUGAAUCCCUCUCAGCACAAACAUAUUCCAGAACCUCCUGCAGGUGUGCAAAUGCCUGUAAAGAUUAUAACUUUCCUGGAUAUGAAACCUUUCCCUCUCUUAUGGCAUGAGGAUAAUAGUGGGCGACGCCAUAACAGAGAAAGGCAACAAGUACCUGGAGCAAUACGCGGCCCUCAGUUGGGAGAAGCCGCAAAGCGUUUGGUAAAGAAUACACUAAAUAUGAGACCAAAUCACAGCAGCAGCAACAACCAAUUUGGAUCAUCAGAACGCCCUUAUUCAUACAAUAAUAAUAAUAAUAAUUCUUCAAACAAUUAUUACCACCAUGUGAAUAGGCCAGUGUCGUUUGGUCAGUCUCCAUACGAUAGUAAUAGUCACCUUGAGGGUCCUACUCCUAACCAACCCUACUACAACAAUAACUACGGCGGCGGUCAAAAUACUAACCGAACCAUCAUGGCCCGUCCUAGGUUCCCGCAGCAGCAGCAGCAGCAGCAGCAGCAGCAGCAGCAGCAGCAGCAGCAACAGUAUCUCCCUGAAUUGCAUCAGCCUAACAGGCAGAAUUGCAAUAAUAGAUCUUCUUACCAAGAUCAAUAUAAUCAGGACGUCUUAAAUGCCCGGAUGUCUAGUUUAACGGUUGAUAACAACAGCAGAAACAGGGGACAGUUUCAGAAUAAUCAAAAUCAUUCUAUGAAUUGGGGUGGUGGUGGUGCACUUCCUGCACCUCCUCCUGAAUGGAUAAACAGAUCCAGAGGUGGGAAAUCAUCAUUUACGCAGCAGCAGCAGCAACAACAGAUGUUGCCGUCAGUUUCGACAAAUCAGAAGCAGGUGAAGAGAGUUUACGUGAUUAAGGGGCAGAGCUCCUCGUCUGACCCAGCAGCAGAUAACACACAGCAGUUGUAGUAGACAGUGUUUUUGUUGUUGAAUGGAAAUAUGUUAUUUAUUUCUUCGACAUAAGAAUGGAAGAGCUUGAACUGAGAUGAGAUGUGUUAAAGAUGGCUGGCCAGUCAGACAGCCAGCUGAUGGAGGAUUGGUGAUAUUAUUUAUAAAAUCGGCGAUAUUAAAGAAGAAGAAGAACUUGAAGAAAGGAGUUAAAAGUUGUUUGAAUACUACAUAUAUAGCUAAUUGAUUUGAUUGUAUAUUAGUAUCAUCAUCAUCAUGAUUUAGUUUCUUAUAAAAACUCUUAAGGUUGUUUUUUUUCUAACUUAUUAGUAGUUUGUACCUUGUGUUAAAGACCAAUUUAUUGUUUUUAUUCAAAAAGAUUGAAAUUUCUUCUUUUCAAUGUUUGUUGUCCCUUUUAUGUUGAUAUGAUGGUUUUGUAUGACUCAAAAGAAACAUUUAUAACAAAAGAUUUCUGAUUACUGUUGUA